UCUUCAGCAUCCUCGGGUGUGCGGGAGGCGUUGGGCUGUGCAGCACCUCCCUGACCUCCGCUUAGAUGGAGGCACCGCUCGGAGGCAGCGGGGGCGGUGAGGUGUCCCUGGGACAGUAGCCAGAACCAAGGGACCCAUUCCCAGCCUGGUCUGGCCGCCCCCCAGGCGGGGCAGUCUUCUCUGCAGCCUUGUUGUGUUUUUGAUCCAGGAGAGUGUGGGCUGCUGCUGGCAGCUACAGGAUGAAGUCGCCUCCCUGCUGCAUGUCUCUUUCUUCCCAAGCAUCCCUGGACGAACCAGGGAGUAGCACAUCCCUGGGUUCGCUGAACUCCAGUGUUUUCUCCAGUGAGGAAGAGCAGGGGCCCCUGCUCCAGAAGGUCAUUCCCCCCUUGGACUGCUUUACUAUCAAUGUAGGAGGCAGCCGUUUUGUGAUGUCCCAGCAAACUUUGUCUUGCUACCCUGACACCCGCCUUGGCAAACUGGCUGUAGUGGUCUCUGCUGCCCGGGAUGUGGCUUCUGGCCUCCUUGAGCUUUGUGAUGAUGCCAACCUUGUGGAGAAUGAAUAUUUCUUUGAUCGGAGCUCACAGGCAUUUCACUACAUCCUGAAUUACUACCAGACAGGGAGGCUGCAUGUGAUGGAGCAGCUUUGUGCACUCUCCUUCCUGCAAGAGAUCCAAUACUGGGGUUUGGAUGAGCUCAGCAUUGAUUCCUGCUGCAGAGACCGGUACUUCAGGAGAAAAGAGCUGAGUGAAGCCUUAGACAUCAAGAAAGAUGCAGAAGAACUGGAUGCCCAAGAUGAAGAAGAGGACUUUUCUGGUAGCCUCUGUCCCAGUGUCAGACAGAAACUUUGGGAAGUUUUAGAAAAGCCUGGCUCCUCUGCAGCAGCCAGGACUUUUGGCACUUUGUCCAUGGUUUUUGUCGUUGUGUCCAUUGCCAACAUGGCAUUGAUUUCAGUAGAGCUAAGCUGGCUGGCACCACCACUGCUGGAUGCCCUCGAGUACCUGUGCAUUGCAUGGUUCACAGUGGAGUUUGUUCUGAGGUUCCUGUGUGCACGAGAUCGGUGUCGCUUCCUGAGGAGUGUGGCAAACAUUAUAGACCUCCUUGCUAUUUUGCCAUUCUACAUCACCCUGCUGGUGGAGAGCCUGUGUGGUGGUGAGAGCUCCCAAGAACUGGAGAAUGUGGGACGUAUUGUCCAAGUGCUGAGACUGCUCCGAGCCCUGCGGAUGUUGAAGCUGGGAAGACAUUCAACAGGCUUGCGGUCUCUUGGGAUGACUAUCGCUCAGUGCUAUGAGGAGGUUGGCCUUCUGCUGCUUUUCCUCUCUGUAGGAAUCUCUAUAUUUUCCACUGUGGAGUACUUUGUUGAGCAAGGUGUGCCAGGCACCACUUUCACAAGUGUACCUGGUGCUUGGUGGUGGGCAACAACUUCUAUGACAACAGUUGGUUAUGGGGACAUUAGACCAGACACUACCAUUGGUAAGGUAGUAGCCUUUAUGUGUAUUCUAUCAGGAAUACUGGUUUUGGCUUUGCCAAUAGCUAUAAUAAAUGACCGUUUUUCUGCCUGUUAUUUUACACUGAAGAUAAAAGAAGCUGCUCUACGGCAGCGUGAAGCUUUAAAGAAACUCAUGAAGAACUCAUCCAGUGACUCAAAUAUCAACGUCAAUUUGCGAGACAUAUAUGCACGCAGUGUCAUGGACAUGUUGCGGUUAAAAAGCAGAGAGAGAGCAAGUACAAGGAGCAGUGGUGCAGAUGAUUUUUGGUUUUGAAGUUAUUUAACCUUGUAUAGCACAUACACUAAUUAAAAAAUGUGAUAUUAGGUGUCUCCUUUUUUAUUAUUCUCCACAUAGUGUAUUUAUUUUUCCAGGUGGAGUUUUACUUACUUGGAUGUACUGAAAUAACAAUUAUUUACAAAAGGUAGAAUUCAUAACAUGAAAUCUCUCAAUGGGCUCUAAAAUCUGCGUUCAGAACUGGAUUGUGGUGGGUGAAUUGGGAAAUAAUAAAUCCAUGCAAGUAAAACAAUGAUGCAAUGAUUUGUCCAAUCUUAUAUCCCUGCUAAUGUAUAAUAAUAAAGUCUUGGUGAAAAUUGCCACAGUGUUUUGAAUUUUAAACAUCCAGGUUUUGUAGUUGCACUGGGAGAACUAAAGUCAAAGUCAUUCAGGAAAACUGAAAGGGGAAGUCCAAGAAAUUGAAAUGUUGAAUAAAUUUAGGAUGACAUUCCUGUAACAAGCUUGCUCUUGAUGCCUUUUCUUACACCAAUCUUCUACUCCAUUUGCAUGAAAAAGAGGGUAUUAGACUGGAGCAGUGUAGCAGGGUGCAUAGGUUUGAAAUUUCCUCGUUUGAAGAGAAGCAAGUGGCUACCAGAUACAUAAUGGGUAUCAGGAAAUAGGUGAAAAUAUUAAACAGAUGCGAGAUCUUUAGCAAAAUAUAAAAUAGUCAUGAAAUAAGUACCAUGCUAUAGAGCAUCAUAUGUAUUUGCUUCAGAAGUUGCAAGAGCUAUUACAGCCUUUGCAAUAUAGAAGUAAUUUACAAACUUAAUUUGAACUAUACCUUUUUUGUUUGUUUGGAUUUCCAUAACUUAUUUGUGUAGCUAAACAAUAUUUGUGCUCAAGUAAAGUGACCAUUGGAUAGCAGAUGAAACAGAAAUUGUAAAAGAUAAAAAGUUACUCAUUUCUCUGUCUCCCAUUAAAAUCAGUAGGUAUUCCAAGUGGAUCAGAUUUUUUAAAACUUAAAUAUUCACUGACCCAUUUUUAGAAAAACACUUCAAUAAAAUCUUUUUUUCCAAAGGAAAAAUGAGUACUUGUUGGACUGAAUACUUACUCUAUUUCAGUAAGCAAAGUA